GGGAUCGGUUAUUGAUCGCGCUCGAAGCAUCUGACGGUUGCCCCUAGCAUAGAUGCAGCAUGAAAGAAUUAACGAGGCACCUCACAGUCUCGCAGCUUUCGUCGCCAGCUGCCACGUCUGUAUCCACUUCAACACGAUUGUCUGCUGUCGCGUCCGCCACUGAACAGGUGCAGGAAGUUGGCCAUGCUUGCGCGUCCUUGGCCGAGGCGGACCCCUGCACCCUGCUCGUGCUCGAAUUGGAUCGAUGUUGUUUUGGCAAGUGCGGCCGACCCUUCCAACUCCUAUCCACAUCGUCAUCAUAUUUACAAUAUCACCCCCUGCCUCUGUUGCUCAAUGCGGUUUGAUUCUCGAUUGCCAUGUUUCCCGACCCGCGCAAUGACGGUCAUCAAAUCUCCUUGUAUACAUACUCUCCCGCCGUCUUGCAGAACGAUCAAUAAACCGGUCUUGACAUGUGUCAAGGUUGUCGUCUCCGAGCAACGAAAAUAGGUACACGACAGCUUGAUUUGCAGCCAGUCUAUCCUGAUCAACGUUGCGAUAUUGCGAGCUGUUGCAAAUGCAGGGACCCAUGGACGUCGUGUCCA